UUCCUGCACAAGAAGGAGAACCCGGUGACCAUGGCGGUGGCCUCCUCCUUCCCGGGGCUCCUGCUCCCGGACCUCGUCCUGCUGGCCCGGCCCGUCCAAAGCAAGAAGCAGCCUCCGCGGCUGGAGCUCACCAGGCUGCUGCCGGCACAGCUGGUCCGCCUGUUUGUCCACAGCGAGGCCGGAUGGAGGCUGAAGCUCCGCCUGGCCUCCGGCCGCAGUUUCUACCUGAGGCUGGUGGCCGAGCCGGCCGAGGGCUGCCUCCUGUUCAACCGCUGGCGCUUCCUGAUCUUCCUGAUGCAGGGGCCCAUCCCGGCCUGGGCCCGGAGCCCCGACGAGCAGGCCGCCCAGGACGAGAGCGCCCCGAUGUCCGCAGCGGAGGCCCCCCCCAAACGGAAGGAGGUGGCCUUCCCUCCCCAGUACCCCGUCCCGAGGACCAAGGGGAGCCCGGGCUGGACCUGGGACAAAGCACUGCACUACCCUGGGCCGCUCUCCCAACUGAUGGACCAGCAGAGCGCCCCGGCCCUCCCGGAAGUGAUGUCGAGAGCGGAAGCCGCCCCCAUGUCCUUCCGGUCCCAGCAGAAGCUCCCAGUCAGGAGAGAAGAGCAGCAGAAAUCAGAGCCCACCCUUUUCAGGAGGAGCACCCCGGGGAGCCUAGUGGAAGUGGAAGGGCAGCCGAGAGUCACCAUCCGGACUCUGUUCUCCACAAUUUCCGGGUCUCACCUGUCUAAGGCUGCCUCACCAGCGGAGACGUCCUCUUCAGGGCCCUCCAGGCCACCCUCCCAAGAGCACCCCCAGGAGCCGGGCACUGCCAACAAGCUGCCGCUCCCCCAAGAGCAGCCGCAGCCCCAGGAGCUCCCCCAAGAGCAGCCGCAGCCCCAGGAGCUCCCCCAAGAGCAGCCGCAGCCCCAGGAGUUCCCCCAAGACCAGCCGCAGCCCCAGGAGCUCCCCCAAGACCAGCCGCAGCCCCAAGAGCUCCCCCAAGACCAGCCGCAGCCCCAGGAGCUCCCCCAAGACCAGCCGCAGCCCCAGGAGCUCCCCCAAGACCAGCCGCAGCCCCAGGAGCUCCCCCAAGAGCAGCCGCAGCCCCAGGAGCUCCCCCAAGACCAGCCGCAGCCCCAGGAGCUCCCCCAAGAGCAGCCGCAGCCCCAAGAGCUCCCCCAAGACCAGCCGCAGCCCCAGGAGCUCCCCCAAGAGCAGCCGCAGCCCCAGGAGCUCCCCCAAGACCAGCUGCAGCCCCAGGAGCUCCCCCAAGACCAGCUGCAGCCGCAGCCCCAAGAGGGCCCCCAAGAGAGGCGCCAUUCCAAGAGGCACCACCACCACUCAAAACACCACCACCACCAUUCAAAAUGGCAGCAGCUCCCCCAAGAGCAGCCACAGCCCCGAAGGCUGUGCAAAUGCCCGAGCAUGCAGGAGCCGCCACUGCGGGUUAAGGUUCGGGAAACCUUAGGGGAGCCCAGAACACUGGCCGAAGGUCUUUUAAAAAAAAUUGAGGCCUGGGAUGCCUGGCGGUUCGGGUGGGUCCGCUGCCAGCCUCCGGAAGCCGCCGGGGUCGCCACAGAGCAGCCCAAGGACAACCCGAGGGACGGUCCGGAGCCCACCCAGGCCUCACAGCCCUGCGCCAGUUUCAAGGCUCUGAGGAAGGCUAUCCAGAAGCCACCGAGCUGGCUCACCAGAGCAUGGCAACAGGGCAAAAAGGUGGUCUGCACCUGUACCAGGGGCUCCAGCUAAUCCCCUGCCCAGGCCACCUAACUGCAUUAGAUUUUUUUUUUAUUUUUUUUAAAUAUAUUUUAUUUGAUUAUU